AUGUGGAGACGGAACAACAUACCAGACUACCAGAUGGGCUACCAAGCCUAUCCCUAUCCCGAGCCGACAAUGGACGAAAGAUAUCUCGAGACAAUCCCCGAGGUCGAGUCUUUGUACAGUCGCCGCAGUAGUGUUGCGGCUACUGCUCUUCCAGAACUCCCUUUUCGGUCUGUGCCUCCCAUGGAGGAGCGAACGUCGGUCUAUUCUAUCGACCAGGAUUCAGCCUCUCCUAACAUCUCUGACUACAAUCCGCAACAACCUUCGAUUCACCCGAGCCAUCAACAUGACGCCAGUCAAGCCAGUGUCUCACCGUUGAGCAGCCAGACUUCGUUCCAUCCCAACGGGUCUGAUGCUUCCCUAGUCUCUCCCAUCGAACCCGCACAGCAAACUCCCACGCAGCCGGACAAGUCUUUCAAAAGUCAGAUACCGCGGAAACUACCCCUGUCGGUGUCACAGAACACACCCGAGGAAACCAUAAAAAAGCGAUGGAAUCUACGCAAAGAAGGGAAUGAACAGACUCGGUGGGAUGAAUACUCGGGCGAACCCAGCCAGGCAGGCAAGCCGUCUUCCGUCCGCCCGGGAGCAGCACCGUCUGGAAUCGACCAGCCAUACCCCCAGCUCAAGGAAAGAACGCGGCAAAUCUUGGCUGGCUUGAAGGAAAGGGAAGCAGUCAAAAAGUCGGCCUGGACAAAAUCGCCGUCACCGUCACCAGAUCCGGCGGACCCUCUGGACAACCCUGUUCAGCGACCACCAUGGAGGGGAGCAAGUGGUAGACAUGCCAUAGUAGAGCCUGUUAAGAACACCCCGGAAGCUCGCACUCGACCGCUGACGCUGGUGGAGCGGCACAGGAUACCUGAGAAGGAUACAAGAAGCGAGACACCUGAAGAAACGGUCCCCGUCGAGCAGACUGCCAUGUCCCCUGUCGACUCACUUUCUGUCGCCGCUUCACAACUUCCGACCCUCAAAACUGUGGAUUCGGAGGAAAGCCUGAAGCCCGUUGCCCCUCUGAAGACGACCAGAAAGAUGCCGCAAGCGCUAUCGCCGCAAGCACUGUCACCCAAGCAGCUGGAAUAUACCCGGUUGUUAGAUAGCCCAUUCCAAAGUCCCGGUCCACGCCCCUUCGCCAUCGAGCCAGCUCAGAGCCCUGCACCCAGUACUGUCCAAGAGUAUGGAGCCGACAGCCCGACUUUGGGUUCCAAUACCCCCUCAUUCAUCGGCCCCGACCGGAGCUCUAGCGAAAGUUCGUUCGAUCCCACCGCGCACCACAGCCCGUUGCAGCGUGAACCGGACACCUCGUCGAGCUGGAACACUUACGCAACGAGCGCGGCGGAAGAAAGCACUCAUAUUCCUUCAAGUCCCAUCGCACGAGAAGAGCUAACCAGCAGCCCUGUGCCAAUCGUACACCUACCGCCCGCAGCGGUUCCGGAACCGAUCGUCCUCCGCAAACGUGUCGCGGCGAACAAUAGUGGCUAUCGCAGCUACGACAACUACAACAGCAUCUCCCCUUUCUCCACAAUCUCCGGCCGAAAUUCGUCUAACAUCCUUCGAAAAGCCGUUGGUAACGAUUCGAAUUCCAUCGACCGCAAUGGUAAACCUCGGGCUGUGUCUCUGAUGUCCUCCCUUUCAGCCUCUAAAUCCCUUCCUCCAACGCCCGGCGAACUCCAGGCUGUUGAUAAGAUCACUUCUCUCACAGCCCGACUGGAAGACCUCGCUCGGCGCAAACGGAAUUUAAACAAAAUCAUCCUGGAACUUCAGGAUUCACUGAAGAAGAACGCAAUCAUUUAUGACUCGAGAAAGCGCAAGGAAGUCGACAAGAUGAUAACCAAUCUGAACCUGGAGAUUCAGGAUGUCAAGAACGAGGAGCACGACGUUCAACUGAGGUUGCAUCGUGCGCAGAAGCGGAGGGACAAAGACGACUUUUAUGAGCAACCUACAGGGUUGUGGAUCAAAAGAGUGACAACUUGA